AUGGAAGAGUCAAGCAAACCUCUGCGAUAUGUUGAUAUCGGCAUCAACCUUAGUGACCCCGUGUUUCGCGGUAGCUAUCAUGGCAAGCAAGCCCACGAUGAUGACCUGGAUGAUGUCAUCCAGCGUGCGAAGGAUGUCGGCUGCGCCAAGUUCAUGGUGACCGGGUCAGACCUAGUCGAGUCAGAAGCAGCGGUGCAAAUAGCACGUAGCUACCCUGGUUUUUGCUAUGCAACCGUUGGCGUGCACCCGUGUCAGGCAAAACUCUUCGAUGAGUAUCCAGGCGGUCCAUCGAAGAUGAUCGAAGACCUCCGAAAACUAGCCCUUGAGUCCAAGGAAGCCGGGUUCACCGUCGCCUUUGGUGAAAUUGGCCUCGACUAUGACCGAUUGUUCCUCAGCAAAAAGGAGCCGCAGCUCAAGUACUUCGAAGCUCAACUAGAUCUCGCCAUUGAGAUCGGACUGCCAUUGUUCCUCCACUCCCGGGCUGCCAGUGAGGACUUUGAGAAAUUGCUGGGUUCGAGGCUAGAUAAGCUGCCUAAGGGCGGUCUCGUGCACAGUUUCACCGGAACAAUGGAGGAGAUGCAGCGGCUGGUUGCCCUGGGCCUUCACAUCGGCGUCAACGGCUGUAGUAUGAAGACCGAGGAGAACCUAGAAGUUGUCAAGGCCAUUCCAUUAGAUAGAAUUCAGAUUGAGACCGACGGGCCUUGGUGUGAGAUCCGUCCGUCUCAUGCGUCGGCCAAGCACUUGAAUGGCGCCCCCGAUCUGCCCAAGUCUGUCAAGAAGGAGAAAUGGCAGAAGGGACUCAUGAUCAAGGGCCGCAAUGAGCCUAUGGCCAUUGCCCGUGUUGCUCACGUUAUCGCAUCGGUCAAGGGGAUUUCUGUGGAGGAAGUUUGUGAAGCGUAA